GUACAGUACAAUUAAACUUUAGUUUCACUUUAACAUUUGAUUCAAGUUUAAACUUAGCCUGGAAAAAUGGACGCUGGUGGCAAAAUUGGCGGUAAAAUUGGAGGAAAGGUCGGUGGUAUGGGCAAGGGCGGAAAGGGAAAGACCGGCUCUGGCAAGGGAAAGAAGACCCCAAUGAGUCGUGCAGCCCGUGCCGGUUUGCAAUUCCCAGUCGGUAGGGUUCACCGUAUGCUCAAGUCCCGUAUCAGUGCUGAUGGUCGUGUCGGUUCCACCGCCGCUGUCUAUGCCUCUGCCAUCCUCGAGUACUUGACUGCUGAAGUUCUCGAGUUGGCUGGAAACGCUUCCAAGGAUCUCAAGGUCAAGCGUAUCACCCCAAGGCAUUUGCAGCUCGCCAUCCGUGGUGAUGAAGAACUCGACACACUCAUCAAGGCCACCAUUGCCGGUGGUGGUGUUAUUCCACACAUUCACAAGGCUCUCAUGAACAAGGGUCCCACUCAAGUACUUGUCAAGCCACCCAAGAGAGUCUAGACACACGUUGUAAUUAUUUAUUUUUUA